AUACCAAGAAUUCUAUUACUAUUGCCUGGAAAAAGCCAUUAUCUGAUGGUGGUGCACAGAUCCUCGGAUACAGUGUAGAAUAUAAGAAUUCUGAGGAUACAGAAUGGAAUGUGGCUAUUCAGAUGACAAAAAGUAAUGAAUUCACAAUUUCUGGUCUUACAACUGAUGUACAGUAUGUAUUUGCUGUUAAAGCAAUCAACAAAGUUGGUGUCAGUGAACAGUCGCCUGUCUCUGAGUCACAGUCAGCAACGGAGAGAAAGGAGGAACCUGUAUUUGACAUUGACAUUGAGAUGCGAAAAACUUUAAUUGUCAAGCAUGGCAAUUCAUUUACUUUGACGGCUCUGUUUAAAGGAAAGCCAGUACCUUCAGUUACAUGGAAUAAAGAGGAGGUUGAUCUAAAAGCAAGGGCAAGCAUAGAAACAACAGAAACAUGCACAUCUGUUACUAUUGAGAAAGCAACACGAAAUGACUCUGGACAAUACAUUGUUACUUUGGACAAUGGUGUUGGAACAGCAUCUUUGCCAGUGAUGGUCAAAGUCCUUGACACCCCUGGACCACCAACUAAUGUGAAAAUUACUGAAGUCACAAAAGAUUCUGCUACAGUUACUUGGGAACCUCCAGAGAAUGAUGGAGGAGAUGCUGUUAAGGCUUAUCAUGUUGAGAAACGUGAAGCAAGCAAAAAGGCUUGGGUAUGCGUAACAAGCAACUGUCACAGUCUGACAUACAGGGUUGAAGACUUGCAAGAAGGUGCAAUCUACUACUUUAGAAUCACUGGAGAAAAUGAGUUUGGAACAGGUGUAACUGCUGAAACUAAAGAUGGAACCAAGAUAACAGAAAAAACAAGUUCACCUGCUAGGCUUGGCGUUACUGCAGUAACAAAGAAUAGCGUCACCAUUGCAUGGUCAAAACCAGAGUAUGAUGGUGGAAGCCGAAUUACCAGCUACCUCAUUGAUGCCCUUGAUAAGGGCCAACAGAAGUGGGUUAAAUGUGCCACUGUUAAAGCCAACACCCACAUUAUUAAGAACCUAAGGGAAAAUGCAGAAUACUUUUUCAGAGUUCGUGCUGAGAAUCAUGCUGGACUUAGCGAACCAAAAGAAAUGAUUAUUCCUGUGGUUGUGAAAGAUCAACUUGAUGCGCCUGAGUUUGAUAUGAAGAAUUUCCCACAUAACACUGUUUAUGUGAGAGCAGGAUCAAAUCUUAAAUUUGAGCUUCCUCUCUCGGGUAAACCAAUGCCAAAAGUCACAAUGUCAAGAGGUAAUGCUCCAGUUAAGAGCGGCAAGAGAUUUAGCUUUGAAGUAACCCCUGAACGUCUUAAUAUCAACCUCAAGGAAAGUACUGCAAGUGAUGCUGGAAGAUAUGACAUUGUUGCCUCAAACACAAGUGGAACCACCAAGAUGUUUGUAAAUAUACUGGUCCUGGAUAGACCAGGUCCUCCAGUCGGUCCUGUUGAAGUUAGUGAUGUGAGGGAGACAAGCUUGUGUCUCAAAUGGCUCCCACCUGUGUAUGAUGGUGGCAGUCCUGUUACAAACUAUGUUGUUCUUAAACGUGAAACAAGUACUCCAGCCUGGACAGAAGUGUCUUCCACAAUUGCAAGAAGCACUGUUAAAGUCACCAAACUUACAAAGGGAGAACAAUACCAGUUCAGGGUUAAAGCUGAGAAUCGCUUUGGCAUCAGUGAUCACAUUGAUUCUCAGUCAGUUACAGUGAAGCUUCCAUACACUAUACCUGGACCACCAUCAACACCAUGGCUGGGUUAUGUGUCAAGGGAGAGCCUCACUGUUUGCUGGAAUGAGCCAGUAGUAGAUGGAGGAAGCCCAGUGGUUGGAUACCAUGUCCAAAUGAAAGAAAGAAGCAGCAUUCUUUGGCAGACAGUGAACAAAACAGCAAUCCCUGCAACUCAAAUUAGAGUGACAAAUAUAUGUCCUGGAAUGAUUUACGAAUUCAAGGUAGCUGUAGAAAAUGCAGCUGGUAUUGGAAAGUUCAGCAAGACAUCAGAAGAAGUGCUAGCAAUUGAUGCCUGUGAACCACCGACAAAUGUGAGAAUUUCUGAGGUUACAAAAAAUUCAAUUAGCCUUGUAUGGCAGAAGCCUCCAUUUGAUGGUGGAAGCAAAAUCACUGGCUACAUGGUUGAGCGAAGAGAUGCUCCAAAUGGCAGAUGGACAAAGGCAAACUUUACCAAUGUCAUUGAUACUAACUUCAUUGUAUCAGGCUUGACUCAGGAUCAGGCAUAUGAAUUCAGGAUUUUUGCCAAGAAUGCAGUUGGCUCGAUCAGCAAUCCAUCUCUAAUUGCAGGACCAGUAACUUGUGUCGACAUUUCUGGUGCUCCAGUAAUUGACCUGCCCCCAGAGUAUUUGGAUGUUGUGCAAUACAAAGCUGGUACAUCAUUCAAAAUCAAAGUGGGAAUAUUUGCUAAACCCUUGCCAACUAUUGAAUGGCUUAAAGAUGAAAAGGAGCUAGUGUCAAGUGCACAGCUGUCAAUUGAGAACACAACUGACUCAUCUGCCAUCCUCAUUAAGGAUGCUAGUCGUCUUAAUACUGGAACCUAUGAGCUCAAAAUCAAGAAUGUGUUUGGCACAGCGUCUGCUUCUAUCAGAAUACAGACACAUCCCUUGUGGUUAAGGGACUACAAGAAAAUGUUGAAUACCAUUUUAAGGUGACAGCAGAGAACCAGUUUGGAAUAAGCAGCUCACUGAAAACAGAGACAACUGUUGUACCAAAGACUCCCAUUUGUGUCCCAGAGGCUUCAGGCACUCCACCAGAAAUUAUGGAUGUUACUAAGAAUUCUGCUGCUUUGGCUUGGACUAAACCCAAAGAUGAUGGUGGAUCUCACAUUACUGGUUACUUCAUUGAGUACAAAGAAGUGUCGUCUGAUAAGUGGAUUCGUCAUGAGGCAAAGAUUACCUCAACAAUGUAUACUCUUAGUCAGCUCACUACUGAUUCCGAGUAUCAGUUCCGUGUAAUUGCUGUGAAUGACAUUGGAGAGAGUGAACCAGGACCUGCAUCAGAUUCAGUAAUAUGCAAAGAUCCAUUUGAUAAACCAAGCCAGCCAGGAGAAAUUGACACUAUGACUGUUACCAAAGACUACAUUACAAUUAAUUGGGAGGCUCCAGCAUGUGAUGGCGGAAAACCAGUCCUUGGCUACUGGAUUGAAUACCGAAAGUCUGGAGAGAGUGCUUGGAAGAAAUGCAAUAAGGAGCACACAAAGGACAAACAGUACACUCAGGGUGGUCUACAAGAGGCAACAGAAUAUGAAUUCAGAGUAUUUGCUGAAAAUGAAACCGGAAUUAGCAGACCACGCAGAACAGCAACUGGCAUCAAAACUAAACUGGGUGUUGGAACUAAACCAGCUCUCAGGAAAGAGAUGGAUGAGGUCACUGCCAAACUAGCACAAACUGCAACUCUCAAAUGUCAGAUUAUUGGAAGACCUGUUCCAGAAAUUAAAUGGUACAAGGGUGGAAAGGAAAUCAAAGAAGGUCGCAAAUAUGCAGCAACCUCGGAUGGCCGUAAUCAUACACUGACGAUUUCAACCGAUCAACAGGAAGAUGAGGGUCUGUACACAUGCAAGGCUGUGAAUGAGGCCGGCGAGUGUAAGACCAGUGGAACUCUGGUCCUUGAAGCAGCACCACAGUUCCCAGUGCCACUGAAAAACAAAUUCUUUGCAACAUGUGGUAGCACAGUGCGCAUACAUGUUGUUUACAUUGGUCGACCUCAGCCUAAGAUAAUGUGGCUUUAUGGAGCCAAGGCUUUGGAACCCUCUGAGAAUGUGAUAAUUGAAAAUACAGAGCAUUACACUCAUUUGAUUCUCAAAAACGUACAGCGCAGAAUAAACGGAGGAAAAUACAGAAUU